AUGGAGAGCAAGAGAGGAGAGAAAUGGAGAGCAAGAGAGGAGGGAAAGGGAGAGCAAGAGAGGAGGGAAAGGGAGAGCGAGAGAGGUGAAAGGGAGAGCGAGAGGGGUGAAAGGGAGAGCAAGAGGGGUGAAAGGGAGAGCAAGAGGGGUGAAAGGGAGAGCAAGAGGGGUGAAAGGGAGAGCAAGAGGGGUGAAAGGGAGAGCAAGAGGGGUGAAAGGGAGAGCAAGAGGGGUGAAAGGGAGAGCAAGAGGGGUGAAAGGGAGAGCAAGAGGGGUGAAAGGGAGAGCAAGAGGGGUGAAAGGAAGAGCAAGAGGGGUGAAAGGAAGAGCAAGAGGGGUGAAAGGAAGAGCAAGAGGUGUGAAAGGAAGAGCAAGAGGGGUGAAAGGAAGAGAAAGAGGGGUGAAAGGAAGAGCAAGAGGGGUGAAAGGAAGAGCAAGCAGGGGGAAUGA